GGGAACAAAUAAAACAACAUCUGAUGGAAUACAACACAGCUAUUAAAGCAAGUGAAGAAAGCAUUCCAGAUCAAGUUAUAGAUGAAAAGGUAGUUGAGAGUUCCAUUGAAGAUUUGGAAAGAGAAAUGGAAGAGGUGAAGGUUUCAUACCAAAACAAAACACUGGCCUUGCAGAGGAUCCAAGUAACGGAGGCCCUCAGAGCCAAGCUGAGGAAUGAUGACGCAGACUCCAAGUUGAUCUGGGAUACCAUGAAGCACAUCAUGCUGCUGAGUACUGCAAUACUUAAAUCUCAGCAGAAAUCUCGUGAGUUGGAAGAAAAACUGAAUGAGGUUAAGCAGAGCAGACUAGCACUAAAGAGAGCAGGGGAAUGCAAAUUGGCUCAAAUACAUGAAACAAAGAGAAAACAGAAAGAGGAAUUAGAAAAUAUGGAAGUGGGAGAAAUUUUAACGAAGGCUCGUAGAAACCUGCAACAGGAAAUUAAGAUGACUACGCUGAUUCAAAAUAUUUUUCAGAAUCUCAUUACUGGAAGUGGAGUCAAUUGGGCAAAGGACCCAGAUUUGAAGGCAAUUGUUUUGCAGCUGGAGAAAAACGUGGCGGGACUCUGAAGAAGCAGCA